CACGUGUAGAGAGGAGUUCAUUGUCUGAAGCCAUGAGAAGAUCAUUGGUUACUUUAGCCAGAGCUGUUUCUGUGCUAUGAUGAACUCUGAAACUUCUGACUGAAACUCAUAGAACAAACAAUUCCUGUUUAAACGGUCACACAACAGUUUCUAGAAUUUAAGAAAUGAAAGGAAUGUUGAAUAUCGGUCCAUAGUUAGCUGAAACAUCUGGCUCUAGAGUGGGUUUAUGAAGUAAAGAUUUAAUUACAGCAAUACACAGAAAGAGUUUUUGUGAAGAAGAUGAAACAAUCUGCAAGCAGCGGCAGCAAGUGCUGUUUCUACAUCUAGUGUAGAACAGGAAGCGCAGAAACAGGAAGUGAUGCAAUAUGCUUGACAAGACACAAAGCUCUAUAUGAAUUAUCAUACGUUUCAGGUGUGGUUACAACAAGAAAAAAGACUGGUACAGCAUUCUUCAAAAUGACAUGGCACGUCUUAGGGCGUCAGAGGCUUCAGCAUCAGAAACUUACAUCAGGUAUGAACACAAUGCCAUCAAAUCCUUAACCCCUCUCUGAGCCAAAGAUUGAUCCUGCAGACAGGAACAAUGGCGACAGUGAUAGAGUUGCUGGAAACUUUGCACUCUUUAGGGGACAAAGAGCUGAAAGAGUUUAAGUGGUACCUCAAGCAGACUGACUUCCUUAGACACCUCUCCCCCAUCCCAAAGUACCGGCUGGAGAACGCAGACCGUCCAGACACCGUGGACCUGAUGGUGCAAACCUAUAGCCAUCAGUGGCUGGAGGUGGCCACGAGGGUGUUCAAGAGGAUGAGAAGGAAUGACCUGGUGGAGAUUUUGUCAAACAAAGACACAGGCCCCAAGCUGUCUCAUGAUGCAGGCCCAUCAGUUUUACAAAUUAAUAACACAAUAUGCGAUGCAGAUACUGGUGCCUCUGUGGAGAUGAAUGAUGUUGGAGACACAUCAGAGGAUGUGGCAGAUCGGUCUGUUCAACCACAGGCUUAUAUUAUUUCUGGCCUCAAAACUAUCAGUGGUCUGACUGAAGAUGUUGGUGUCUCUGUGGAAAUGAGUGAUGUCGGAGACAAGUCGGAGAACAAGGCAGCUCUAUCUGUUCAACCACAGGCUGCUCUUCUUUCUGACCUCCAAACCACCAGCAGGCUGACUGAAAAUAGUGGUGUCUCUGCAGAAAUUAAUGAUGCUGAAGACAUGUCAGAGGACAAGGCAGGCCCGUCUGGUCAUCCACAGGCUGCUCUUCUUUCUGACCUCCCAACUACCAGCAGGCUUGUUGAAGAUAGUGGUGUCUCUGCGGAAAUUAAUGAUGCUGAAGACGUGUCAGGGGACAAGGCAGGCCCGUCUGGUCAUCCACAGGCUGCUCUUCUUUCUGACCUCCCAACUACCAGCAGGCUUGUUGAAGAUAGUGGUGUCUCUGCAGAAAUUAAUGAUGCUAAAGACGUGUCAGAGGACAAGGCAGGCCCGUAUGGUCAUCCACAGGCUGCUCUUCUUUCUGACCUCCCAACUACCAGCAGGCUUGUUGAAGACAGUGGUGUCUCUGUGGUAAUUAAUGAUGUUGAAGAGGUGUCAGAGGAUGUGGCAGGCCCGUCUGGUCAACCAGAGACUGCUCUUCUUUCUGACCUCCAAACUACCAGCAAUCUGACUGAAAAUGUGGUGAUGCCGCUAGAACAUUCUCCACCACCCAACACAUUGUACCAGGUCACACUGCAGACUGACCUCCAGAACAUACUCAGAUGUGCACAAGACAGGUGGACAGAAAAGCAGCAUGAAGAACUUUUGGGAGAUAUGAAUCCGGAGCUGUUCAUCACUGAACGGUCGGGCAUACACUCCAAUAGACAGCAUGAGAUCAGGAGGGCCAAAGUGAAAGUAGGAACGGGAGCCGAAUCAGAGAGACCAGUUAAGCUCUGCGAGGUCUUCCAACACCUUUCCAGAAAAGGAACAGCCGCAAGAACAGUACUGACCUGCAGGCCUACAGGGAUAGGCAAAUCGUUCUUGGUGCAGAGGUUUUUGUUGGACUGGGCAGAAAAAAGAGCCAAUCAGGAUUUUCAUCUAGUUUUCCCGUUUGAUGUUAAACAACUGCAUUUAUGGAAAAGAGACAAGUUUUGUUUGGCAGAGCUAAUUCACACCUGUAUCCCAGGCAUUAGUAUUACAGAGGAGAUUCUUAAUGACAUCUUCAGAACUUCACAGAACUCAAAACACUCUAACAUAAACAGCAGUGAAUUCAAAAUUCUGUUUGUAUUUGACGGACUUGAUGACAGUCUCCUUCAGCUUGACUUCACGUGGCAAAAAAACGAACCCAUUGAUGUGACAAAGUCAAUGCGAGUAGAAGUGCUUCUGACAAACCUCAUCAGGGGGAUACUGCUUCCCUCCGCUCACCUCUGGAUAACCACACGACCUGAAGCAGCCAAUCAGAUCCCUCCUAGGUAUGUUGACGUGGUGACGGAAGUCAGAGGGUUCACAGACUCACAGAAGGAGGAGUACUUCAGGAAAAGAUUCAGAGAUGAAGAGUUGUCCAGCAGAACCAUCUCCCACAUUGAGACAUCACAAAGCCUCCAUGUCAUGUGUGGGAUCCCAUUUUUUUGCUUGAUUACUGCUACAGUUCUGGAGGAUGUGUUGAAAACCAAAAAGGGAGGAGAGCUGCCCAAGACCCUAACUGAGAUGUACACCCACUUCCUGGUGGUUCAGAUCAAUCAGACAAUGAAAAACUAUAUCCCAGAAAACUCCAUUCAGUACAUUUGCUCACUGGCAAAACUGGCCUUUUACCAGUUACAAAAAAACAAAACAGUGUUUGACGAGCAUGAUCUGAUACACAGCGGUAUUACAAUCAGAGCAGCCUCUAAGUACGCGGGAUGGUUCACAACGAUUUUCAAAGAGGUUUGUGUUCGAAGGAAGGGCGAAGACCAGAGAAGGGUUUUCUACUUUGUUCACUUAAGCAUUCAGGAGUUCCUGGCUGCUGUUCAUGUGAACGUAUCACUCAUAAACAACAACAGAAAUGUGAUGCCUGUGCCACGACUGACAGUCCAGGGCCUGCUCACAUGUUUCAGUAAAGCUUCGACAAAAAAUGUCCACAAAAUCGCUGUGAACAAGGCCUUACAGAGUCCAAACGGACACCUGGACCUGUUCCUCCGCUUCCUCAUGGGUCUUUCCCUGCAGACCAAUCAGACCCGUCUGCAAGGCCUGCUGAUUAGGACAGGAAGUAGCUCCCAGAGCAGCGAGAAAACCAUCAAGUACAUCAAGAAAAAGAUCAGAGAGAAUCCCUCUGCAAAAAAAAUCAAUCUGUUCCACUGUCUGAAUGAACUGAAAGAUCGUUCUCUGGUGGAGGAGAUUCAACAGUCCCUGAGAACAGGAAGUCUGUCUGCAGAUAAUCUGUCUCCUGCUCAGUGGUCAGCUCUGGUCUUACUGUCAUCAGAAAACGGUUUGGAUGUUCUUGACCUCAAGAAAUAUUCAGAUUCAGAAGAGAUGCUUUUGAGACUACUUCCAGUGAUCAAAGCCUCCAACAAAGCUCUGUUCACUGGCUGUAACCUCUCAGAGAGAAGCCUUGAAGCUCUGUCCUCGGUUCUCAGAUGCCAGUCGUCCAGUCUGAGAGAGCUGGACCUGAGCAACAACGACCUGCAGGACAAGGGAGUGAAGCUGCUGUCUACUGGAUUGGAGAGUCCUCACUGCAAACUUGAAAUUCUCAGGCUCUCAGGCUGUAUGGUCACAGAGGAAGGCUGUGCUUUUCUGGCCUCAGCUCUGAGUGCCAACCCUUCCCAUCUGAGUGAGCUGGACCUGAGCUACAACCAUCCAGGAGACGAGGGAGUGAAGCUGCUGUCUCGCGGACUGGAGAGUCCGCACUGGAGACUGGACACUCUCAGGUUGGACUAUGGAGGAGAGCACAGGCUGAAACCUGGCUUGAGGAAGUUUGCCUGCGAACUCGAGCUGGACCCAGACACGGCAAAUUAUAACCUGAGACUGUCGCAGAACAACAAGACGGUGUCUUGGGCGAUGUAUCGCUGGUAUCCUGAUCAUCCCGACAGGUUUGACUGCUGGCCUCAGGUGCUGUGCAGAAACGUUCUGACGGGUCGCUGUUACUGGGAGGUGGAGAGGAGUGGAAGCGUUGAACUAUCAGUGAGUUACAAGGGAAUCAGGAGGAAAGGACGCAGUUCCCACUGCGGGUUUGGCUCAAACGACCAGUCCUGGAGUCUGUGCUGCUUCAACAACCACUUCACUGCUUUCCAUAACAAGAAAAAAACGAAAAUAAACCUAAACCGCUCCUGUUCUUCUGACAGAGUAGCAGUGUACGUGGACUGUCCCGCUGGAACUCUGUCUUUCUACAGCGUCUCCUCCGACACACUGACCCACAUCCACACCUUUAAUGCCACAUUCACCGAACCUCUUUACGCUGGUUUUGCCUUUGAUCAUUUUUCGGUAGGGGAUGAUGUUAAGCAAUUCAUAAAACUGUGUAAGCUAUAGGAGGCUUGAUCCGAUCUAGGUGGGUGGUAGAUAUCUACGUAACAUCCACACGAAACGAAUGCCAGGUCCACAAGUCUCCUGGCAGAACAUCGAAUUGGCACAAGACGGCCAGUGCUAUGUACUUUUGCUGUCAGGGGUUUUAAUGUUGUGGCUGAUUGGUGUAUAAACAGUUGUUGACUUGCAAUUAAACACUGAUUGAAACCGGAAACAGCACGAGGAGGUUUAUUUGUGCAGAAAGCUGAU